GCGGUUGCACUUCUUUUUUGUGAUUGGUUUUUCAGCGGUGCCCUUCUUUAAAUCGACGGCGGAAGGAUUAUCGAGAAAUUACACGAUUCAUUGCAAGAUGUCCACUGAAGUCGAGUUUUUGCGUGAUCAAGUCCAAAGGCUGAACUGUGCCUUGAGUCACUAUCAGGAUAGGCACCGCUCUCAAGCCACAUCAGCACCACAGGGUGAAGAGGAGACACACACAGAGACCCCAGCCCCCUGGCUGUCUGACCAGAGUAUAAUGGCUCCCCUCCUAUCAGAGUAUGACCGUCACAUGGAUGACAUGACUGAACAACUGCAGAGCUACCAGAUGCAGAUGACUGCCAUCAGACUGAAGCUGGACACGGUGGUCAAGGAGAAUGAACGGCUGCAUGCUGAGCUGAGGGAGUCUGUAGAGAGGCAGCUGCAGACCCUCCCAGUCAGUACAGGACCAGGGGUGGAGGGGGGCGCACUGGGGGACGAGGGGCUCAUCAGCAACCUUCACGAACAGAUCCAGCUCUCUGUACAGGAGCGAGACCAGGCAAUGGAGCUGUGGCAGGCCUCAGCCCAGGAGCUGGACCGUUUACAGCAGCUCUACCAGAUAACCACCUCUGACGGACAGCUCCAUGUUGCCGAGCAACAGCGCCUCAAGGUAGACGUUCUCCCAGUUUGGCCCCCAGAGGGCAGCGUUGUUGUGGAGCUCAUCCCGCCCCCAUUGAGAUCAGAUCAACUCAUCCAAUUCCAGCAGCACAUCCAGAAACUCCAAGUCACCAAUCAGAAACUGGAAUCUACCAACCAGCAGUUCCUGAAGACGCUGACAGAACAGAGCACUGAGAUGGAGGAGCUACGCAACCAGCUCAGAUCGGCCAAAGCAGAUCUGAGGAUGGCCACAGCCAAGGUGGAGGAGAUGACCAAGCUGAUGCAGAACGUCCAGGAGCAGAUACAGAGACGGGAGGACGAUGCAGCAGAGGCUCAUGGUAGAGAGGAGGCCUCAGAUCAAAGACUCCACCAUCUCCAGUCAGCCCUCAGUCAGCUAGAGGCCAGGUUGAAGGCAGCUAGUCAGGAGGCAGAGAGUGUACGCAGGGAGCAGGUGGUGUGGGAGAGGCAGGUGGGGGAGCUGCAGGUGCGCUGUGCCUCUCUGGAGGAGGAGCGCUACGAGGCCUUCUCCAAGGUCAGAGACUCCAUCCAGCUGGCUGAGGAGGCCUCUCUACAGAAGGACCAGGCCCAGUUGAGAGAGAAACAGAAAUCUGAGGAGCUGGACAAGAUGAAUGAAGCCGUCAGACGACUGAUCCAGGAUGCUGCCAUACGCACCAGGAAAGAGGUGGAGAAUGUACGUAAACAGUGCAACUCACAGAUCCAUCGCAUGGCUGAGGAGUUGUCGGCUCUACAACUGGAGUGUGCAGAUAAAGAGUCUCAGAUGGAGAGGUCCAUGAGAGAGAUGAGGGCAGUGGAGGAGGAACUGGAGAAGGUGUAUAAGGAGGGUAGAGGAGAGCCAGAGUACAGGAAGAUGGAGGCCCUCCACCAGAGAUCUCUGAAUGCUGAGAGACUGAAGGACGACAUGAACAUCACCCUGCAGAGCACACUCAACAAGAUGAAGAAAAUGGAGAUGGACUACAGUGAAGAGUUGUCCCGGUGCCAGGAGGAGGUGCGGCGGCUGCAGGGGUCUCUGUCUGCAGCCAGGGAGGACUGCAGCGGGGUCAGCGAGGAGCGGCUCCAGCUGCAGCAGGAGAACAUGCAGCUCCGCAGGGAGAUGGAGGAGCUACGCAAGGCUAGCAUGAUGACCCAGAGGAGAGCUAAACAGCAGGUUUCCCAGAUGGAGCAGGAGUAUUCCCUAAAGGAGCAGGGUCUGGAUGCCCGGGUCAGGGAGCUGGAGGAAAGCAGUAGGAGCUCCAGUGCUGACCUGACCCGCCUCCUCUCUGCCCAGCAGAAGACCAGCCAGCGCUGGAAGGAGGAGGCCAAGACCCUCACCCUGACCUUCCACACCAAACUCACCAGCCUCAAGGGUGAGCUGAGUCGACAGAAGCAACGUUGUCAGGAACUGGAGAUCCAGCUGGUGACUGACCACGAGACCAUAGUAGAGUACGAGAGGCAGAUGGCAGAGUACCAGGAGAAGAACCGUCGUCUCCAGAGGCGUUUGACUCAGGCAGAACAGAAGGCAACUACAGCAUCACAACAGCUCAGUAUAAUGACGUCACAGAGAAGGAAAACAUCGUCCAUGGCAGACCUGGAGUCUCUAUAGCGGUGUGCAGGGAUGAGACUUAAGGAUUUUGAGCACUUGUCCUCUGUGCCAUACGAUAUUUAAAAAUAUAAAAUUUCACUUUGGGCUAGUUGGCCACAUUUUCUACUAGCCAGUAUGAAAUGUACUAGCAUCGGGCUAGUUUAAUUUCCAUCCCUGACUGUGUGCAUUGCCAACCAUUUCUACAGAAAUGCCAAUGUCUGUUAUGGAUUUAUACCAUUCACUGUGAUGUCUGUUAUUAAAAUAUAUUUAAAUUCUC